CCCGUUGCCUUGCUGUCAGAUUAGUCAAAUGUCAGAAGAGAAAAUGGCCAGAGUAGAAUUGACGCCGCUGAGACCGUGGGACGACUUCUUUCCCGGGUGGGACAGAUUCGCCAAGCCAGAUAGGAAAGACUUGGCGAAAUGGAAUAACAGAGUUGUCAGCAACUUGCUCUACUAUCAAACUAAUUAUCUGGCAGUUUCUGUCGGUGUUUUCCUUAUUGUCGGGUUCCUGAACCCUCUCGGAAUGUUCACCGCCAUGGCUGUGGUCUCGGGAGUUUUUCUGAGCUCGGUGUGGGCAGGCGAUAACAGAACGGCCAUCAGGAACUUCAAAAGGCAGAACCCCACAGCCUUUGUGAUUGCUGUCAUGGUGACCAGCUACAUCUUAAUAUCCAUGCUGGGGAGCGUCAUGGUGUUCAUGACAGCAAUCACUUUACCCCUCACCUUGGUAUUGGCCCAUUCUUCUUUUCGCCUGCGCAACAUGAAGAAUAAACUGGAGAAUAAAAUAGAGUGUGCUGGACUCAAAAGGUCACCGAUGGGCCUUUUCCUGGAGUCCCUUGGUCAGCAAGAGGAGAACUUUCAAAAGAUUCAGAGCUUCCUGGAGGCCAAAAUGAAGGACUGACUGGACUCAGAAGGGACAACACACUCCUGUUCAUCUGUUUACCAAAGAUCUUGACCCAAUCCUGUCUAUCUGAACAGGCCCCAAUGAGUUCCCUUACGUUAUCAAGAGAAUCAAACAUUAUGCUAUACCCACAGAGUAUUCCACUCCUACCAGACUACUCCCUAAUUCUAAAAUCUGUCUUCUAUUACUCACUCACAGACUUCAGCCACAGCAGUUUUCCCUUAAGGUAAACUUUUAUUACAAGGCACAUAAAAAAGAAUGCACACGGGAUACAUCUCCUCGCCAAGAUACUUUAAAGACGAUAUUGUUUCAACUAUUUGUAACCCCACAUCAAGUUUGCCUUAGUACUCAUGUGAAUAGAGAGCAGCCAAGCUCAGAUGCUUUGCAAUAAAAGAGAAAGAACCUGCUUUGUUUGGCGCCAUGAUGAAUGGAAUACAUGAGUCACAUCACUGUGUCAAUGUUGAAAAGUGAAGACUUCAAAAGGGUCUGAGGUCUUAACCCAAAUCCAUCAGUAUUCCCCCUGCACCCCUGAGUCUUUAAUCUUGACAGAGCCCUCUGGGUGACUGAUUAGCUUGGCUGAUGUUAAUCGAUGGGCUGCUCCACAUUAUAGUACACAUUCUCAGUGUGUGAAUUGAGCUCAUCCACCUCCACAUGUCAGUGGAGCUCCGUGUCACCUUGUUUUCCCCUUUUCCUUGUGCAGAAAAGCGAUGUUAAGAGUGCCGCACUUUGGGGAAAAUCGGGACACAGUGUAUUUUCAAUCUAUGUUUUAUUGGUUCACCAAGUGUCAGCAUAAAACGCUCCAAGGUAUCGUACUGAUCACCGAGAAGACAUUUUCUUCCCCAUCUGUGUUUUGUGUCAUAAAUUCAUAGCUGUCAAGUCAUUUUUUAUUUGCAGUGGACCUAUAGUAUUGAAUCUAAAAAAGGGCCACUGAUUUGUUAAAAUGUCAUCAAGCUAUACCAGAGAUAAUUUAUUGACUUUCAGAAAUUGUUGUGUAAGUGCAAAAAGAGGUUUAUACUGAAAAACAAUAAAACAUGCAGCGAAUGUUA